ACUGCGUUCAUUUGUCAAUUAAGAACCGUCUUAAAUUAGAAGAUAGAAUAAAAUUGAAAAUGCAUUAUAGUGAGAAACGUUACUAUAAAUAGCAUUGCCUUACCGAAAAAAAAAAAAAACUUAAGUUGUUAGUGGAUCCGAAGUCUCUUCACUGGGAAAGAAAAAAGGAUUUCUAUCGUUUUCAUUAAUCAUCUCAGUCAAACUUAGUUUAGAGAUUAUAUAAUAAUAAAUUAUAUAGCAGAUUAGUUUUUGCCGACAAAGACACUAAAAAACCCCAAACAAAAGCUAAUUAAUGUGGACAAACCCAUAAGAUUCCAAUUAAGAUGUAAAAAAUAAAUAAAUAAAGCGCACGGGAUGCCCUUUACGCUUCAUUGUUGGGAAACAACGUAAACUCGUUGCUUGAGUGACGUGUGCAGAUGUGAUCCAAACCCUAGAAAUAUAUAUCGAGGUGGACGCCCAAUCUGGUCAUUUAUGUAUUAUAAAGCAUUAAAACCAUCUCCUUAAUUUAACUGUCACUGACUCACUAUCACUAUCACUAUAACUAUCUUAUCUUGAGAAUGGAUGAGCGUUUGAGGGAUGCUGCUGAGCAAGGAAGCAUUGAUGCAUUGUAUGCAUUGAUAAAAGAAGAUGCAAAUGUUUUGGACAGAAUCGAAGGCAUUCUAUUUGUUGAGACUCCUUUACACAUAGCUGCGUCUGCAGGGCACACCUGGUUUGCUAUGGAGAUAAUGAGGUUAAAGCCUUCAUUUGUUAGAAAGCUUAAUCAAGAUGGCUUCUCCCCAUGCACCAUGCUCUGCAAAAUAACCAAACCCAAUUGGUGGAGCGGCUACUUGAUGUUGAUAGCGACAUUAUUCAUGUCCCAGGACAGGAGGGUGUGACUCCUUUUCAUUACGUAGCUCAAAUGGGAAACAUCGAACUUUUAACCAAAUUUUCUAAAGGCUGCCCGAAGUCUUAUGAAGAUGUGACAAUUCGAAGCGAGAAUGUCCUGCAUGUAGCCUUGAAAUAUGACAACUUCGAAGCUUUUCGACUCCUGCUAGGAUGGAUUCGGCAAGUUUGCUUUAAAGAUGCCUCAUCGUGGGAGAGCAAACUGCUACAUUGGGAGGAUGAAGAACACAACUCUCUGUUGCACGUUGCAGUAUCCAAAAAUCAACCAGAGGUAGUGUCGUUGUUGCUGGAUACAGGAUUUGUUGAUUUAGAUGCCAAGAAUUUAGAGGGUGAUACGGUCUUUGACAUCUUGGCGAAGGUGGACAACCAACGGAUCAGUAAUAUGCUCAUGCGACGAAAACGUCCUGCCAGAUGUUUAACUGCACUUGGAUAUUGCUUAAUAUGUUUAUAUAGACUUGCAUAUUCCUUAUUAUUUCCUCUCAUAGUACUGCAUCGACAACGUCGUGUAAAUUUGAUCCAAACUCUUGAGAAGUGUGGCGUAAAAAUAUGUCGUCAGCAAAAAGUUAUAACAGAGGAGAAGCGGAAUGCCCUGUUGGUUGUUGCUGCAUUGCUAAUAACGGUCACCUACCAAGUAGCACUAAGCCCUGCAGAUAAGCAAUACAAUGAGUUCAACUGCACAGCCCCAGUCAACGCUACCGGGGCCAAUCAGCAAUUCAACUUCACAGCCCAGAAUCCGAUCAACGCUACCGGUGCCAAUCAGUACUUCAACUGCACUGCCCGCUUCAACGCUAGCAGUAGUAAAGUUAAACCAAUCAGAAACCUAGCUGGAGACGUGUUCCUUUGGUGUAACGCUCUAACCUUUUACCUAUCAAACUUUACACUUUUCUUCCUCCUCCCUCCUGAUUUUCAUGGAAUCGUGCUCUUCUUCCUCCUUCUAAUCCUCUCUUAUGGCUUUUGCUUUUCAACUCCGUUAUUAAGUACUCUUAUUCUAGGCGUUCUUGGUCCAGUUUUGCUUUUGCCAGUUUAUUUACUUCCUUGGAUAAGUAUUUUCAGACUCAAAAUUUUCUUCCGAUAUAGAGUGAAAGUGUUUGUCACGCACAGCAUGCAUAUGUCGGUGGCUUGAUGCUAAUUCCCCAACACGUACAGUUAUAUAUAAGUGCCACCGCAAACCUUCUCUUUCUUACUCACCCGCCAUCCAUCCUUUUCCUCUAAUUAAUUAUAUAUUAAUUGUUGCUUUGUUUCUUUCUACACAAUCUUAGCCCCCUUCUCCACAAACCAAACCUUCCCCACGGCUUCUCUCUACAUUAAUCUUCUCGUAUCGUACCCACUAAAAGGAGAACUCGCAUUUGAUUGCCUAUAAAAGGAGACCAUGGUGCUACUAUUAUGUGUGAGAAGCAAAGAAGAAUAUGAAGUCGUGUGAGCUAGUCCAGUAAGAAUGAUACUUUUUCUUUUGUCAAAGUCAAGUACAUGGGGAAAGGGGAAUUUGGUGUGUUGUAUUAGUAAGCUUUAAUGAAUGUUUCUUGGGUUA